GGCUGUACCAUUUACCAAUGUUACAUAAGUCCUAUACGACUAUUGCAACACCGUGCUUUCUUGUUUGUGUAUAUUUGGGAUGUAAAUCAUCGAUAUAAAUCAUCUAUUUCUGUCUGGAUUCCCCCUGUUAUUAAGAAUAUGAGAUGGCAACCUCGACAUGUAUAAGAAAUUUAACGAAGUCGUUUUCGCAACGCAAAUUAAAAGAGCUGGGAAAAAGAAGCGUGUGUUCAACUAGUUCAUUCUUAGCCGCACCAUCAACAAGGGUAGAUAUAGGUGUGAACAGGACUGGAAAAACUAAGGUACUAUACGAUGGGGAAUGUCCACUUUGCAUUCAGGAGAUCAAACUUGUGAAGUAUCUUAACAAGAACAAAGAUGUUAUCCACUUUGUUGACAUCUCUCAACCAGGGUACAAUCAGAUGGAACAUAACAACAUACCUUUAGAUGAAGCCUUGGGUAUCAUGCAUGUUAUAGGACCAGAUAACACAGUGCAUAAGAAGAUAGAUGCUGUUGAUGCCAUGUACAGAGCUGUAGGUUGGGGUUGGGCAACCGGUUUCAUGAAAUGGCCAAUAUUUGCUGGAUUAUUUGAUAGAGGCUACAUGUGGUUUGCACGCAACCGACUUCGACUGACUGGUCAGCAGUGUAGGGAAGGGAACUGCAAGAUUCCUGACGCAUGAUCUCUGUCGAAUUUAUGCUUAUUUCACUUCAAUUCAAAUUAAUUUCAAAUUGGCUUGACAAUAGCAAUAAUUACCUUUAGACAUAUUCAAAUGAUUCAAUAUGGAAAUGGACAUUCAAUAAAUCAAAAUGAAAUGAAUAUAAGAUUGAAAUAUAUGAUCAGUAUAUACAAGAUAUCAAUAUCUGAAAUGAAUCUUUGUGCACUCUUGCUGCACAUUGAAAUGUGGGUUUUUAGAAUGAAGCCUGUUGCCAUAUACAGUUUAUGCCUUGCAAUGCAUUUCUGUAGAUUUUCUUGAUUCCCAAAUUGUUUAUGUGGGGGGGGGGCACUUACAUAUAUUGGUGGUAAGGGGAUGUGCCGCUUUGAUGACCCUCCUUUUCAGACCUUAUUUUCAGUUCUCUAGAUACUCCUAAUGACAAAAGUUAAUUUCAGAAGCCACCCAGCCCCGCUUGCAAGAACCCCGUUAUGAGACAUAUCAGUUCCCCAGCCCUGCCAAAAUCAGCAGCGCAUGUGAGAGAGAUGCUCCUACCAGCUCCCUACAUAUAACCCCCAUUUCGGAGUUUUGUGAGGCACAUCCCCAUCAAAAAAUAAUUUGAGGCCCCCCCCCCCCCCGGUGGUAUAGGUAAAAAUGAUUUUGCAAGAAAAAAAAGAUGGUUAAGUAAACUUUCUUGAUCUGGUAGAUGUAAAGAUCCAAAUUUCCUGUAGUCACAUCUUUUUCCUCGUUCAGACAGUAUAAAUUGUUUGUAUAGGGAAUCGAAUGAGGCAUUAAUGCUUGGGGAAAAUGAACAAAAUGCACAACUUGGCUGAAUGUUCAUAUUAAUUAAGCAGAAAAGUAAGGUGAAUAUUCAUCAUUACUAUUGAAUCAUCAUGCAUAUAUUAUCAUGCAUUAUGUUAUAUAU